UGUUAAAGGAAGUGGGGAAAAAAGUUGUGUAUACUGUGCUUGUCGAGGAAAAAGCCAACAUGAAAGAGAGAUAGGGCGUGUUUUGUUGUGGUUAAACACAAGCAGUUACCGCUUAGGAAAGGGAAAACAAACAGCAUUUACUCUCCUUUUCAGAUGCUGCUCUGAGAAUCUCAGCAGACAAACGAACAGUCAUGAACGAUCAUUUUGACCGAGCUCCCGGAGCAGGGAGAGCCCGACAUCACCCAGCAGACCCCGGGUUCAUGGGUGACAGCGGGGACGGAGAUGCCAAACCUUCGCUUUUCAACCAAAGGGAGCCGCUAAGACAGCCGCGGACCUCACCGCCUUUUUCCGAGAACAACAUUAGCCCGAGCGGCGACAUGGUGUCCGGAGAUUGUAAAAGACAAAGCAAACCCCAGUAUAACACGCCAAACGCCAACAGCCCUUCAUUGUCUAAUGACGUCAGUUCCUUGGUGAAGUCGUCUAAACUUUCAGCCAGCGCUCCGGAGUUCGUCCCCUCCACGUUCACUCUGAGUGACGAUGCUGCUGCUUAUGAUGACAGUGAAAUCUAUUAUCCUGAACCAACCUUGGCUGAUAUGGUCACAGACUUCCUUGGCCACCUGAGCUCCUCACCUGGAUCUUUUGACUCUGAUGUGGAGUACAUCACCAGCAUGCUCAAUGGCUGUGUUACUACUGAGGAUCUGCUUCAGGAGCUGGUUGAACUCAUCUACACACAGUCCACUGCAAUUCCAAACUUCUCUUACACGGGUGCCAGGCUUUGUAAUUACCUGUCCCAUCAUCUAACCAUCAGCCCACCAAGCGGCAACUUUCGUCAGCUGCUCCUGAAAAGAUGUCGAAGGGAAUAUGAACAGAGGGAUGAGGCAGUUCGAGGAGACGCUGACACCCAAAAGAAGUUUCAUUCCUUUGUUCUGUUCCUGGGGGAGCUCUACCUGCACCUGGAGGUAAAAAGUGCAAAGGGAGGCCCAAACCGAGCCGACAUCCUCCUCACUGGACUCAAAGACCUGAUGAUCAGUCUUUUCUCUAAUCCUGUGGAUGGAAAUCUCAUCUGUGCCGUCAAACUGCUCAAGCUGACAGGUUCAGUCCUAGAUGAUGUGUGGAAUGAGAGAGGACAGUCACACAUGGAAGAGCUGAUCCAGAGAAUUGAAACCAUUCUGUUGGACGCCACAUGCAGCCGUGAUGUCCGACAGAUGCUUCUGAAACUGGUGGAGUUGAGAUCCAGUGACUGGGGCAGAGUUCGGUCCGCAGCAGCAGCAAGCAACGCCACGCCAGAAAACGACCCCAAUUACUUCAUGAAUGAACCUACAUUCUACACAGAAGACGGCACUCCUUUUACCGCAGCUGACCCUGAAUAUGCAGAGAAAUACCAGGAGAUCCUGGACAGACAAGAUUAUUUCCAUGAUGUUUAUGGUGAAAAUGGAAAUGACGUGUUUGACUUUGAAGACGAGAUGGGGCCUGAGAUAGAAGAAGCUUAUGAGAAUUUCUGUUUAGAAUCAGAGAAGAAGCGUCAACAAUGAUGUGGGAGAACGAGAGAACGGCAUGAGGAGGCUCUUCAGGCACAUACUGUACCUUUUCCACUCAACUUGCUGGAUCACUUCAAGUCAUAGCAUCAGAUAGGCUCAAGCAGUUAUUUUAUCGCAAACAAGCAUUUUCAUAAAAAGCUGUUUAUAGUUGCACUUCUGACACCGUUUUCCAGCCAGUGUUGAUUCAAAAAACAGGGACAAUCAGUGGGAUAAUUGUUCGAGAAGUUCUUUUUGUUUUUUCGGUUUUGACAACAUGUUAAUUCUUAAACUAAAUGCCAAUAGGGAGAAUGUGUGCUGUGGAUUUUUUUUUUUUUUUUUUUUUUGGUAUUUUCUGGACAAAUACAGGUGGUUUCAUUAAAUAUGUGAAUAUUUUUUUUUAAAGUUAAGCUCAGAGCGUAAAGUGCAGGCCAAAAGAAGCACAGUGUGUGGUGGAGGUUAGUGUCCACAGCUCCAACAGGACACAGAACUCAGCCUUUAUCUCCAGUGUUGUGACUUGUCUCGUCGGGUUGCCAACCUUAACGCUAUAUUUCAGACUAGUCGCUCUGUGGAAAUCCUGCUACUGUAAAAGGAUCAACAAAUACUUCAGUUCAUUUACAAACUGGAAAGAUUUUUUUUCUCUCUGUUUUUGUCUCUUUUGUUUUUUUUCUAGAUUCAGGCUAACAUUGUAAGAACUUUCAAAUACAUGAUUAAUAAUUCUGAGAAUGCAGUGUAUCCAAGUUAGUUUAAUUUCCUGAAUGUAGCUUUAAUUAUUUUAUAACACUUCAAUCUGACAUAAAUCCAACAAGGAUUCAUUUUAUCCCAAGACUGAAAGACUGUUUACCAGCAGAGUCCAUGGAAAUCCAUACAAGGAAUGUUGUUUUAUAGUUUGUAAAUAUUAUUUAUAGUAUUGUUUGCCUGCAAUAAAUUCUUUAUAAUGUGA